GAGACACUUCUACUUGCUUCCACCACUACCUUUCUGUUCUUUCUCUUUCAGACACAAGACGCUGUCGCACCAUGCAGUCAGCACACGUCGACCCCUCCAGAAUGGGUGUGGGGAAGGCCAUGGCUGUCCUCACCUCCGGAGGAGACGCUCAGGGGAUGAAUGCUGCUGUUAGAGCUGUGGUGAGAGUCGGCAUCUAUACCGGCGCUAAAGUCUAUUUCGUGCACGAGGGUUAUCAGGGUUUAGUGGACGGAGGAGACCACAUCUGUCCAGCCACAUGGGAGAGUGUAUCCAUGAUGCUGCAGCUGGGAGGCACGGUGAUUGGAAGCGCUCGCUGCCAGGAUUUCCGUGUAAAGGAGGGUCGGACCAAGGCGGCGUGUAACCUGGUGAAGCUGGGCAUUACCAACCUGUGUGUAAUCGGAGGAGACGGCAGUCUGACGGGGGCAAAUCAGUUCCGCUCGGAGUGGAGCGAGCUGCUCCAGAUCCUCCUCAAAGCAGGUAAGAUCACAGGUGAGGAGGCCAAGCGUUCCUCUCACCUGAACAUCGUGGGGAUGGUUGGCUCCAUAGAUAAUGAUUUCUGCGGCACGGACAUGACCAUCGGUACCGACUCGGCUUUGCACAGGAUCAUGGAGGUAGUGGACGCCAUUACCACCACAGCACAGAGUCAUCAGAGAGCCUUUAUUCUGGAAGUGAUGGGGCGACACUGUGGGUACUUGGCGUUAGUAACUGCCCUGGCGAGCGGUGCUGACUGGGUUUUUAUUCCGGAAAUGCCUCCAGAGGACGGCUGGGAGGAGCACCUCUGCAGAAGAUUAGCUAAUCAAAGGAGUCUGGGUUAUCGCCUUAAUGUCAUCAUUGUGGCAGAGGGAGCGAUUGACCACUUCGGGAAACCCAUCACCUGUGACCUGGUGAAGCAGUUGGUUACUGAAAAGCUGGGCUUUGACACUCGAGUCACUAUCCUGGGUCAUGUACAGAGAGGAGGAACUCCAUCAGCCUUCGACAGAAUCCUGGGCAGCAUGAUGGGCGUGGAGGCGGUGAUGGCACUGCUGGAGGCCACGCCCGACACUCCGGCAUGUGUGGUCAGUCUGUCUGGAAAUCAGGCCAUCAGACUGCCGCUCAUGGAGUGUGUGCAAGUGACUAAAGACGUGACCCGAGCCAUGGCUGAAAGACGGUUUGAAGACGCCAUGAAGCUCCGGGGAAAGAGUUUUGAAAAUAACUGGAAAACGUAUAAGCUGCUUGCUCAUGUGAAUCCUUCUGAGGUGAAGAGUAAUAUAAACGUGGGUCUGGUGAACGUCGGUGCUCCGUGUGCCGGGAUGAACGCAGCCGUACGCUCCGCAGUCAGGACCGGCAUCCUAAAGGGACAUCAGAUGCUGGCUGUACAUGACGGGUUUGAGGGACUCGCUGAGGGAAAGAUCGAGCCCAUCACCUGGUCUACUGUUGGCGACUGGACUGGACAUGGUGGUUCAAAUCUGGGAACUAAGAGGACAUUGCCAACUGGUCUGCUGCAGGAAAUCAGUCUGAACAUUGCUAAGUUUAAUAUUCAUGCUCUGAUUAUUAUUGGGGGAUUUGAGGCGUUCAUUGGAGGGUUAGAGAUUGUGAGUGGAAGAGAGAAGUAUGAGGAGUUGUGUAUUCCACUCGUCAUUAUUCCCGCCACUGUGUCCAAUAACGUUCCUGGAUCGGACUUCAGUAUUGGAGCGGAUACAGCUCUCAAUACUAUCACAGCUACAUGUGACAGGAUAAAGCAGUCAGCAGCAGGGACUAAGCGCAGGGUAUUUAUCAUCGAGACGAUGGGGGGAUACUGUGGAUAUCUGGCAACCAUGGCAGGCCUCUCUGCAGGAGCUGAUGCUGCUUACAUCUACGAAGAGCCGUUCCAGAUCCACGACCUGCAGAACAAUGUUCAGCAUUUGGUGGAGAAGAUGAAAACGACAGUGAAAAGAGGCCUCAUCCUCAGGAAUGAAAAGUGUAGCUCUAACUACACCACAGACUUCAUCUAUAACCUGUACUCUGAGGAGGGAAGAGGAGUGUUCGACUGCCGCAAAAAUGUUCUGGGACACAUGCAGCAGGGUGGAACUCCGACACCCUUCGACAGGAACUUUGGCACUAAGAUGGGCGCUAAGGCGAUGCUGUGGGUGACGAGUAAACUGAAGGAGUGUUACAGACACGGUCGUAUCUUUGCCAACACGCCGGAGUCGGCCUGUGUCUUGGGCCUGAAGAAGAGAUCUCUGGUGUUCCAGACACUGUCUGAGCUCAAGGAGAACACCGACCUCGAGCAUCGCAUCCCCAAGACUCAGUGGUGGUUAAGUCUGAGGCCCAUCCUGAAGAUCCUGGCCAAGUACAACAUCAGCCUGGACCUGUCUGAGCAAACCGCCAUGGAGAGUGUGAUGAAGAAGAGAGGAUCGCUGUAGACACACACACACACACACACACACACACAGGUCUCAGACUGUGCAGCUGAAAACCACAGAGUCACUCUGCAUCUAUGUCUGUGUGUGUGUGCGCGUGUGUGCACAUGCUUGCCCACUUCCUACUGUUGUCCUACUUAUUUUAUCUUUAAACCUACAUCUCUUUCUGUACCCUUAUAAAGCACUGUGUGUGUGUGUGUGUGUGUGUGUGUCAGGACUUUAUGCCUUGUGCCUCCAUGCCACUCACUUGUCAUCUCUUACAUUAGAGGUGGGAACUGUAGAUUGCGGGUGCCUGCUGACCCCUCCCACAGCUGCAGGAGGUCAACGAUUCGACCUGACCCGAUCCGACCCGAGGGAAAGGGUUCCUGAACUCAAUUUACACUCACUCUGCAAAGUUUACAUUUACAAUAAUACAUAUAGUAUGAACUCAAUUAUUAUUGUUAACCGCCCAAAGAAAAUCCUUUCCAACAGUGUGUGACUGAUGGCACUUACAUUAUUAAUUAAAAUAAAGAUAAAGGUUUAUUGUAGUGAUAGAGUGAGAUUAGUGUGGUGUCUAAUAGCGUGGACCAGCAUAUAAGAGCAAUAAGCAUGUUUAAGAAUAAACAAAAGAACAAAAAAGAUAUUUGCACUAAAAUAUAAUAAAUAUAACAAUAUAUACAAUGGAAUAUAGAAUAUAUUAAUAUUUAUUUAUUAAUUCAUUAAAUUAUAAUA